GACUUUUAUAAAAAGCAAAAUAAAAACUCACAACUCUCAUCCGAUCGAAUAGUGGGGAUUAUCAACAUGUCUGUUAGUUGUUAAAUAGCUCCAUGAUAAGUAUUGAUAAUGUUAAACAUCAAGGUAAGUCAAUUUGCUUACAAAAAUUUUCAUAAAUUGUUAUUCCUAUUUCACUCCAUUUUCCAAUACGCGUAUAGGUGCGUAAAACGCGUGACAUCUGUCGUUUUUAGCUGUUUGAUCCUCUUUGAGGCUUAGGCAUACAUUUAUACUCAUACAUUUAUUCUUUUAAAUAAUCUGAAGAUGACGAGGAAUUUUUUUAUAUACUUCUUUCUAGCUUAAAAGAUGUUAGAUAUGUUUUUGCUAAAAUUAUCAAGCACAUAGUUUGUAUUAUUUUUGAAGAAUCUUUGAAUUUCCACUGUGCUAACUAGAUUUCCUAAGAGUGAAACAAAGAAAAGAGAAGGGGAUGCUCAAUUUUUUUGUCCUAUCCUCCUAUAGGUGUCCGAUAUUUCUCCCAAUCCAGUCUAUUUUUCCGACCUAUCAAAAAGAGAUAUUUUCUUCCUUAAGUCUCCAAAGAAUAAUCUAAAGCUGACUGCAGUUAUUCAAUGGCUCAUUAAGUAAAGACAUAAACUGAUAAUACCUUCUAAACCAUAAUAGUAGUAACCCCAAGUGAUUUCUCAUUUCCCCCAAAUGGUUCUCUUGGGUCAACAGCAGGGUAGCGUAAUGUCCCUAACCAGCUCUUUCGCGGAUGAUAUGAAUUUCGCCUCCUUGGGUAGUGAUGGGAGCGUGACCCUCUGGGAUACGCGACUAAAGAAAGCAAUGCACAUGUGCAUCCCCAAUCCUGUGGGCGACGUGGACGCAGGAGAGGUGCUCCUUGUGCCAGAUCGGCAUUUGGCCAUCACACUGUGUGGCAACCUCAUCCAAUUUUUUGACAUACGAACUGAGAUAGGCGUCGUUGCAUCUGAUUCACAUUCCUGUGAAGUUGUGCGUUUUCUUGGAGGUGCCCAUCCGCCGGGUCGGAGUUCGACUCUCAUUGUGGAUGAAGAGGGCUUCAUCAUGCCCCUUGACCUGAUCGCUAUGCGCAAAUCUCACCUUUUGGGUGAGUUUGUUUUUGGGAGGCCUAUAGAGCUCAUUGACGGCGGCUUUGGCUCGUUAUCUAACUAUAGCUCUGGGCUCGGCCUGGUGAUGGAGGGAACUGAGGGGAAAGGCCUUGCCAGAAGGGCUUUAUUCUCGCUCGGCAUGGACGGCAGGGGCUGCCUCCUCUCAGGCCCUGCACCGACCGAAAGACGUGAUUUUACGUUGGGGUAUCUGGGAAUCGCUGAAGUGUCGACGUUGUUCAAUCCCCCCUUGGCAAACUGCUGCGGCUUUGGUGGAGACGGUCGUGUCGCCAUUGGCCGGGCGGAUGGAACCUAUAUCGUUUGCGAAGUGACGGAGGGAGAAGGCGUUGAGGAGCUGAUGACAGCACCUGGGCACGCGGUUAACGGCCUAUGCCAUGUUGACUUCCUCUCCAACGGCUCCCUUUUGACGGUUUCUCUGUGUGGGCAGAUCACGGUGUGGGAUGUACCGAGUUUUUUGCUAGGUGACGAUAAUGCGGAAACCGAUGGGGAGCUCCCAAAGGUUCAAUGCGCACUGGACCACCGGGAGUGUGCAGAAUCCCCAACGUCCGUGAUAAAUUGUGCGUCUGCGCUGGGCAGCGUAACUCUUUUGACAGGAGACGCGGAUGGGCGUGUAGUGAGCAGCAACCUGGAGGAGUGUUAG